AUGAUGAACAGUGUGGCUAGCAAAAGAUAUGAGGCUGAUGUUUUAAAAUCCUCACUAAGCGAGAAUCAGAGUACUAUUAAUCAAAAAACCUUUCCUCAUCAAAAAGCUUGGGAGUGGUUGAAAGACCACGUGAAAUGGGCGUUGGUUACAAAAGCUGGUGAAGACUCCCUGCCUCCUUCUUCAAAAUUAACUAAAACAUCUUCAUCUAACGCCCACACAACAUCUUGCGAUACACAGUAUCCUCCCGGAUUCCCCCAACAACAACAACCGUUUAAUGUUGAAGACUCACCGCCUCAGAGAAAAAAAAAGGAAAAAAAGUGGCACCAGUAUCGUCAACACAAAAUGAAAUGUUUGAUCUUGUCAACGAUAUUGCCAACAUCAACACUACAACCAAUACAGAGGCGAAACAGAGACAACUGUACCGGGAACAAAAAUUAUGCAUUUUCAAAGCUAAUGAAGCACUGA